GCCAAGAGGAGCGUUACCCACAGGGACUGACAGGGGCUUGUUUUUAAGUAGUCGCCCGUGUGGGUGGCAGGUGAGGGGAUGACGGGCCGCCACCUCAGGAACUGUUCCGACGUUCUCGGUGUGGAAAAGCGAGGGAGGGAUCCAGGGCCUUGCUGGCAGGCAGCCAUGCUUCUGCGGGCAAACAUGUACCCUUCCAUCGCUUUUAAUGGACAUUCGAGUAUCAACAACAGGUCGCUGAAAACUAAUGGACAAAAUUGGGAGCCAAGCCUACACCUGAAGCCAUGAAUACAAACAACCAGUGGGAUGUGAACAAAGCACUAACUCUUGCUAGCCUCUUCCAUUUUCUUUAUGGUGCAGGAAAUGCGUGUGCAAUUCCGUUUUUAACUCUGUACUUUCGGCAGCUUGGACUGACUGCACCAUUAGUAGGGAUUAUAAUAGGAUUAAAGCACUUAGUCACUUCUCUUUGGGCUCCACUGUGCUCCUAUUUAGCAAAAACUCACAAUAAGAGAAAAGUUCUCAUCAGCGGAUCGCUACUGUGCUCAGUUGGAGCAAGUUUGCUUCUUACUCUUGUCCCACCACCGAGCAAGGACAUUGUCUAUAGGUAUUGUAAUGUGAGCCAGCAUCCAAAUAAAUUACUGACAGCAAACCAGGUGUCUGAUGUAAAUGUGAACAGUCCAAGUACAAUGAAUGUUAACCCUGCCUCUGAUGACAAAACACUCUCUACUGAAUCAUUUGGAAUAAUCUCUAAGGACUUGAUUACUACUGGAAAGCCAAUAGUAACAAAUGCACCAUUCAAAAUUUAUUCCACUAUUAAUAUCCCUUCUGUGAUCAACAGUGGUGUCAACGAUGGUGAUACAAGUACCCAGCAAUUCACUGAUGUUCCGUAUGGUGUGAUAUCUGGUACUUCUGGGAAAGAAGUUUCCCCAGGAGAACAAACGUUGGAGACACUGACUGUAAACAGGCCUGUGAAGGCAACUAGUAGCCCACCUGCUGAUAUGAAUAUUGAAGAAAAAUUUGUGGAAAAUGACUCUUCAGAAAGAAGUGCUAACUUCUCAUUUUACACAGCCCCUGUACCUCUUAAAAAGACACAAUAUGUAUUCAAAAACUUGUCAGGUCGCUGGGAAAGAGCACAGGAUAUGAGCUCUUGGUUACUACAAGGUACUGACUUCUUGGACAGUGAACACCAGGCCUUUCUUAUGGUGCUAGGUGCUGUUGUUCUUUGGGAGCUCCUGGCUGCACCUCUUGGAUGGAUGGUUGAGGACAGCCUCUAUGAGUACCUUGAUUUCGUUGAUGCAGCAGACAGAUAUGGAAAUCUUUGGAUUUGGAGUUACUUAGGAGCAUCUAUGGGUGUCUGUGGUGUAGCAAUAUUUGUGGAUCAGCUGAGUUGCUUCUUGAGCACGAAUAUCCCACGUUUUGCAGUGCAUUUUUAUGGCUAUGCCAUGUUGCUGACUUUAACGUUGGCUGUCAGUGUCUUCUUUCCCAUUCAUGUGUCCAAAAAAAGUGAACAUGUAAACAAAACAGUCAAAGCUUUAAACCUGAUUGGGAGCGAUGGCAGAACCAUCCUGUGUGCAGUAACUGUCUUCCUCACGGGUGCCAUUGGGUCAACUGUGCAGAAUUUUCUUUUCUGGCAAAUGCAAGACCAAGGCAGCAGUGAAUUAUACAUGGGUCUCUCAGUGGCCAUUGGACUGAUUGCCGAAAUCCUGCUCUACAUCUUCAAAAGCAAGUUACUAAGGACUCUCUCAGCUGGUGGCACAGUUGCCUUGAGUUUAAGCUGCCUUGCAGCACAACUGCUCUACUAUUCCUUCCUAUGGAACACCUGGUCUGUGCUGCCAAUCCAGAUCUUCUGUGCCUUCAGCAAUGGUGCCUUGUGGUGGGCUGUGAACAUGCUGGCAGAUGACAUUGCCACUCCUGGCACAGAAAGGUCUCUCCACCUUGUCCUACAGGGCCUCUCUUGUGGCUGUGGAGCCAGUCUGGGAAGUUUUGCAGGAGGGUUUGUUGUGAACAGCUUUGGCCUAGCAGUGCUCUAUCGGGCAUGUUCCAUUACUUUAAUACUAUGGUUAAUCUUGUUCUUGAUUGUCCAAUCCAAGUUGCCACGUCAAAAAAGAAUUAAUUACUCCCGACUCCUAGCUGCAGAUUCUAGUGAUAUGAGUGACUCCGAUGAUGAUGAUAAAGAAAGGGACUGGCUGGUGAAAGCUAUGAAAGACGAGAACUUCACUAGGAAUUGGUAAAAGUCUUGCAUUUCAUCGGUCUGUCAGGCAAAGAACAGACUUUGGAGGAAUAGGGUGAUGCUAUUAGAAAUGAUGCACAUGGAAUCUGUAAGAAGCCAUUCUACUAGCAGUGGGAUUUUAUGAUGUACAUAUUUAUAAAGAAAGCAAUUAUAAAGAUUUUAUAAAGAUUUUAUUUUCCUAAGAUUAAUUUAUUGCAAAAACUUGUAGCAUUUUAUUUGCUUUUCUAAGAUUUAAGUUUUCAUGAUCCAAGGAAAUGGGACUUUUAGUUUCUGCUGAAAUUAAUAGUUUUUCAGUUUCAAUAGUGACAAAAAUUGGUUAUCUUUAGAGACCCAGCUGGCCAUAUAGGAGGUUGUAAUUCAUAGCAAUUUAAUCUUUUUUUCACUACUAGUUAAUUCCUAGUAGAUAACAUGCUGUCUCUUCUUUCAAUUUUGUCCUCAAUUGGGCACAAACUGCUGUAGAAACAAAUAUGCUGAUUCUUUAUUUUUAUGGAUCCAACAUCAUUUUGGAAACUAGCACUUUAAAUAAGUGGGCCUCAAUACUGGAAUAAAAUUGUCUAGUGGUUAUGUAGAUCUUAUUGCUGGCAAAGUAUGCGGCUUCCUUUGGUCAGUAUUAUUCUGAAAGAAAAUAUUCUUUCAGAAUAUCUCUCAUCUCCUGACUGGGAACUUCCAUACAGUAAAAACAUUUCUUUUUAAACAUCUCACACUUGUAAUGUUAAUAUAAAAUCUACAUUGGUUAGAAUGCACAUGCAGUUCACAAAUCUCUUGUCUACUUUCUAUCCUGUAUUAAUAGCAUAUGUGGAAAUACUGAGUUGUACAAGUUAACUCCGGGCCCCUUAACAUUAGACCCAAUGGAUGAGGAAGCAAAGUUUCUAGGAUGUAAGGCUUUGCCCCUCUUAGGUGAUGGAUAUUAAGAAUCAUUUUUUAGUACUCAUAGGGCUUUGCUUAAACACUGUGAGAGGAAUUCAGUGUCAAGCUCUUAUAAUUGUUCCAUCAGCAUAAGCAUUUCUGCUUGGCAGAUGGAACAAUCCUCCCUCUCCUAAGUCCUUCCCAGAGCCAAUGAGGGGGAGGCACAGAGGGAGAAGAGGGAGGGAAAUAGCCAUUGUGCUAGCAGGAUUCAUUGCGUUGGCUCAUUCUAGCGCAACAGUUUAGUUGAAUCCAGCCCUCAGCCAUAAUCUAGUUUGACUGAUUCAGUUUACUCAGGCAAGGGAACAAGUUAACCAAUGCAGAGGGCUACAAAUCCCACAUGUUUGCCUGAGAGAAUAUACACUUUCAGCUUUAUACGUGUGUGUUCGAGAAGAGCUAUAUCUUUAUUUCAUAGGGGAAUCAUGAUUCAGAAGGAUGUUAGUAGCAUCAUGGGAAGUUGGAAGGUGGCCUUUCAAAUGCACACUACAGAAAAAUCCACCUUUUACUUUAAAUUGUCACACAUUUCAAGCUAUUGGAAAAUUUCCUUUCAUUUCUCCAGUGCAAACUGUGCUGCUGCUAACAAGUUGCGUUUGAUGGGAGGAAGCUUGAAUAGGAUGUUUUACUGUUCUGCAGUAGCUUGUCCUCAUGCUACAGCCUUGAUACAAAUCAUCUUUCUAUAGGUGGUAAUAGCCAUGGAGAGGGCAAUCUACAGGUAAAGGUUUUAUGCCCAAAUUUUCCCCUUCCACAGCUAAUAGAAACUUCAUGAAGCAGGAACAUUAAACUGGUGAAUCACCACACAAGCAAAGGGUGUCCCUUGCCCAGCUGCUUUUUGAAAAGAAAAAAGAUGUUGGGAGUUCAAGUCAUGAAACUCCCAUAGUCUAAAUUGUCUGAAUUUAUCAAGUGGCUUUUCAUGUGUUUUGCAUGAAUGCUAGGCAUGUUGCUCUGAAUGUUGUUGCCCUUUGGCUAAGAAAAUAGUAUUGACCACACCCUAUGUUUACAUAUUGGUAGUUAUGGGUAUGGAAAAGUGUGUGGUGUUGUAAGUAAAUACCAACUUGUAUCAAGAAUUAACAAUAUAAACUGUCCUUACAGAGAACUUUAUUUAAUAAGUAUUUGAUGUAGUAGUAAUUUUCCCUAGCAAGUUUCACUUCAGCAGAGGCUGAUAGGCAGAACAGUAUUACGAAAAUAUGGUGCUUUGAGAAGCAAGUUUUACCAUUCAUCAGUAAGAAGAUUUGUUACUCAUUCUAGAUUGCAUAUUUAACAGCUCGCUCUGGUGCAAAUCUGUUUUUGUGACUCAGUGUCUUCUGGUAAAAUUGCUCAGUGAAAUGAUUUGUCCUAGUGCCACAAUCCCAAAGCAGUGCAAACAAGGACAUGGUUUGAGGUGAAAGCCCUGAUUGCUCUCUGUUUGCGAAAAGUUUUGCCAUUCUCAGCUGUGUCCCAGAAUGCUGCUGGUUUGCUUUGUCCAUAGAACUCAGUGGAAGCCAUUGAAAACGAAAUCUGUCCCUCUCCAUAUAGACCAAUCCUUCAUUGGCAUAACUCUAGCCCAGGUUCUCUUUCUCGGGUUGAUAAAAAUAGAACCCAGUAGCUUGGUUGUAAGUACCGUAUAUGAUGACAUUUGGCAUUACUUUGGGGGUGGGGUUAAUAUAUAUGAGGAUAUUUAUGUAUAUAUAUUGUACAAAUUUUACAAAUUGAUUAAUAUUCAAGAAGUUAAUGAAUAAGAUAAGCAAAAAUAACCAUACCUAUAUCUAAUGAGCUGAAUGUUUUUUCAUAAAAGUGUCAAAUAGAUGUUCUCAUAAAAUACUAUAAUUAUUCAAAUUUUCAUAAAUAUAUUCCAUAAGAAAAUAUUGUUAUAUUAAUACUACAGCUACUAAAGGAUUACAAAGAGAUCCUAUAAAUGCAAAUCUGACUGGGUCUUCUUAUAUUAUAAAAAGCCAUGUUUUCUGUAUUUCCCCAAAUAAAAAGCUUUGAUUGA